AUGUCGUCUCUGGGCGAUGCUGUCAAACUGCCCUGCGGCUUGGUUUUGCCUUACCUCUUUGUCAAGGCUGCAAUGGCGGAGAGGAUAGCCGAGUCAGGGCACAAUCCAACACCCUUAAUUCUUGAUCUCUACAAUCAAUGGGGUCAAGAUGGGUGGGGUGCUCUUCUCACAGGAAAUGUCCAAGUGGAUGUGAACCACCUUGGAACUCCAGGUGACCCUGCUCUGCAUGACGAAUAUACUGGCAAAGAGAAUAACGAAGGUUUGGUUGCGACCUGGGCCAAAUAUGCCCAAGCAUGCCAACAACAUGGGACUCCUGGUAUCGUGCAGAUCUGCCAUCCUGGUCGGCAGUUGUUACGCGGGGCAGGUACCUGUGGUCUCUUUGCGUCGACCAUAGUGCCGAGCGCGCUUCCUUUACUGAUAGGAGAUGGCCUAUUGGACCGAAUCUUUAGCACGAUCACGCAGUUUAUUGAUACGGCUCGAUUGAUGGCGGAUAGUGGAUUCUCAGGCAUUGAAUUACACGGUGCUGAUGAACAUCUAAUUGACGCCUACGGUGGUUCUCCAGAAAAGCGAGCAAACUCCUCUACCUUUGAAGAAACUAUGACUCAAGUUGGACUACUAGUAGAGGCUGGGGUCGACUUUCUCGUAAUAACCGAGCAGAAGAGCGCCAGCACAGCAGUCUGUGAAGCUUUCUUCAUCGAAUUCGCAACUGUAAACCGCAAGCGAUAUCCUAAUAUUUUCCUCAUGCUGACAGGCGGCUUCCGGAGCCGCGCUGCCGCCCAGCAGCUAUUGACGCCAAAUUCCCCCAAUUGCGUCCUUGAUGAGACUGUUCCGGAUGGAAAGGCACAGUUGCUCUUCAAAAAGAUUCCGGCUCCUUUCUAUGCUCGCUUCCUCCCGACGAAGGUCAUAAGUGCUGGGCUAGAACUGACAUAUUACUGUGAGCAAAUGCGCCGGAUAGCUAAGGGCUUGAAGACUACGGUCCCUUCUGUUUGA